GAUCACUGUGACGCCAGAAAAAUGUUCAUCGGGGGAAUACCCCGCGAUACCAGUAAGCAAGCGCUUCUUGAAUACUUGACCCAAUUUGGCGAGAUGAUCGAUUUUACUAUUAAAACCUAUCCAGACAGUGGUGUUUCCAGGGGGUUUGGAUUUGUGCUUUUUAAAGAUAGUGCCGCCGUUGAAAAGGUGCUCCAAGUCAAAGAGCACAAACUGGAUGGCAGAACAAUCGAUCUUAAAAGGGCUAAAGCCAUAGAACUUAAACCUCCGCCAAGAAGAGUUUUUGUCGGGGGGUUGAAUCCUCAACUGUCUGAAGAAAAAAUCAGAGAGUAUUUUGGGGCAUUUGGUGUGAUUGAGAAUAUUGAUCUUCCAGUGUCUCCAGGAACAAACAAAAGACGAGCUUUCUGUUUUAUCACAUAUACUGAUGGAAAACCAGUGAAAAAGCUGUUAGAAGCCAGGUACCAUCAGAUUGACUCUGGGUGGUGUGAAAUAAAAAUUGCACACCCGAAAGAAUAUUUGAAGCCACAAAGCAGAAGAAGAAAUGUUCCAUUUGCCAGGCUGGGCAACAGCUGGGGAGGAAUAAGCUCCCAGGCAAACCCAAGUGUUUGCGGGGCAAACCCAAGUGCUUGCGGGGCAAACCCAAGUGCUUGCGGGGCAAACCCAAGUGCUUGCGGAGCAAACCCAAAUGCUUUUGGCGCAGACCCAAAUGUUUGCGGGGCGGCUGGAGGCGGCGGUGGCAGAAGCCUUUCUACUGUUUUUAUGCCUGUUCCCUUCUCAGCCUGUAAUGAAGGGUUUAAUUUUUGUGAUCAAAUGUAUGGCAAUUUCUAUAAUGCCUACAAUAAUCAGCCAAUUUUUAAUACCUAUGGUGGACAUUAUUUUCUUGGCCAUAACUAUGGGAUCCAUGGAUGUGGAACUGCAUUUACUAAUUAA